CGCGAGCGAGGUGUGUAAUUGAGAAAAGGUGAGAACAGAGCGGAGCUGCACAGGUAAACGUUUGACAGGUGGAUUGAAAAGCCGCGCCACGCACCUUGCGCUCUCGCCAUGGGCUCCGCGCCGCACGGCCUGCGGUCCAAAGGUCCCCUGCUUGCUUGGGGAGUUUGAAUCCGCUGGCUGUGCUUCCAGCGUCAAGAAAUCCUGUUUUUUUUUUCCUGGCGUUUGCUCGCGCUAAGGUGAGGUGCGUAGAGCUGGGUCAGGUAGACUACACGCUCUCUACUUCGCGACCUGAAUUUCAAGUUUGACUUGUGGUGAGGCGGACAAGCGUUGGAGUUCCAGGGGAUUUUAAAGAAGACCGAUUUGUUUCUUUACAAUAAUAACCUACAAAAUAACAAGAAACCCUGGAGUGCUGAGAAGAUUUUGGAUGUAUAAAGUAGGGGGGAAAAAGCAGUCGCUAUGAAUCACCCAAGGCCGGGAGGCGCAGCUGUUGGCCGGACUGAGGGGCUUCUUCUCCUCUUCUUUUCGGCGGGACUGUUCGUCCCAGCUCUAGCAAACUUUGUGGAGCCCUCAUCACAAUUCUCCACCUUUUCUGCUGUUCAAGAAGAGACAGCUUAUCUGCCAUGCAAGUUUGAACCUCAUCCAGGUCAAAAUAUCCAGCAGGUCUCCUGGUUUAGAGUGGAAACUGAGAAUAGUAAGGUUACUACAAAGGAGCAGAUCAUCUUGUUUCAUCAUCAAUUUGGCCAAGAAGUGUUUGAGCCUUAUGUUGGAAAAGCAAGUCUAGAAAAAGCCAGAGAGUCCUUGAAUGAUGCCACUCUUCAGCUCAGAAAGGUGGAGGUUAAAGAUGAGGGACAGUACCUGUGUCAGGUGGUAACUUUCCCAUCUGGCAACUUUGACAUAAUCAUGAAGCUCAAUGUUCUAAUAUCUCCAGUUUCCAGCUUGGAUCCCACUUUGCCUCCUCUAACUGAAGGAUCUGGGAUUGUUGUUGUAGCGACUUGUACUUCUUGGGGUCGUCCUAAUCCUCUUCUCUCUUGGGAUACAAAGCUUAAUGGUGCAGUUGAAACCAGUAUUGCAGCUGGAGGAAAAGUAACAACAAAGUACUCUGUACAGCCCAACCGAGCUAUGAAUGGGAAACAGCUGGACUGCCUGAUCUCACACCCGAGUUUUCCAGAACCUCGAAGGAUUAAGUACAAUCUUGUUGUUCACUAUGCUCCUGAUGUGAAGCUUGAAGUCCAGCCAGACGACUGGUACUUGGGCAUGGAGGGAGCUUCAUUGAAAUGUAUUGGUACAGGAAAUCCUAACCCACACAAUUUCACUUGGAGCUGGGACAAUGGUGACCUCCCAGAUGGUGUAAAAGUAGACAAUGACACUCUGAAGUUCACACGACCACUGUUGCCCACUGAUGCCGGACGCUACCACUGUCAUGCAGAGAACAGAGCAGGUUCUGGGACCAUUUUUCGGCAGAUAAAUGUGGCAGUAUCUUCUGCAACAAAGGCUGACUUCAUCUCUUUGUCCAUCAUUGCUGCAGCAGUCAUUACAGCUGUCCUGCUGCUAGUUCUGUUCAUUUCUGUGUUUCUACUGAACCGCUAUCACAAGAGGAAAAACAAGAAGUUGGAGAUGGAACUGAACUCAAAGAAUGAUGAGCUCUCCAACAUUUCAAGACAAACCUCGGUUAGAAGGCUGAACUCCAUAGGCACAGACCCCAGGUCACAGAAUGAUGAUCCUCUCAUUGGGCACGUGGACAGUGCAAUGAGAAGCAGCAUGUCUUCUCUGGGGGAGAAUACCACCCACUAUCGAGACAGCCGUUCCACUGUAUCUGCAGGCCGAGGGUCAGACCUAGUGGGUCGCUCCCCCACUGCACCCCUUCUAAAGAAUGAAGAUGACAGGGAGCAAGAAGAAAACCUUCACAACAUUAAGAAAUGUGGAGAACCUCUGAUUCGGCACUGCCAGAGUCGCUCAUCUUUUGGGGAUUGUUGCUUGCACCCCCCCCUUCACCCAUAUGCAGUUGGAAAUGAGCAAAGAAGUAACCGAAUGAUUGAUCAGAUCUGUGAACAGGAGAGGCAGCAAGAAAUCCUCAUUCAAAGCUCUUCUGAGCUUUCCAAAUUGAAUGAAGAAGGAUUUGUAAGAAAUAGUCACACUAGAGUCUCUCUUGGGGAUCCCCGUACACAGCGGCCUGCUCACCCUUCCCUUAUGAGAAAUGGAAAGCCCCCACUUUAUUCAUAUGGGAAACCAGAACGUCGCUCAAUGGACAAUCUUGAUGACAAUAACUACAGCCAACAACUGCAUGUGGAGACCUUCCAGCGGAACUCCCAUGGUCGCUAUUCAUUAAGGGAACAGUCCUUACCUCCUCCUCUAUACCCAACCCUACUGAGAAACAAGAAGCCAGGAAACUUGCAAAAUGAAAGGGCAAAAAAAAUGCAACAGUCUCAAGACAGUCUGGGGCCUGAGUAUUCAUAUGAGGAAACCAGUGAGGAAGGUGAUAAGGAGAAAGUUGAUGACCGGGAAACCGAGAGUUCUGGAAUCUCCGAGACAUUCACUAGCCACUUUCAUAUUGACAAUGGGACACUUCGACCUAAAACAGAAGCAAAUGGCAUGAUCCUCCCUCAAAGGGGUCAUCUAGUGUGAAAUGCCCCCACUUUAUAGUAGACUGUAAAAACUAUGGCAGCAUCCAUGAGAAAUGGUGAACUUUUUUUGGCUUUUGAAGCCUGACAAAGUAACGGUGGUGAAGUGCGGAAGGCAUUGUUUUAAACAAAUCUGAACCUGCUGAAAUGUAUAAAUUAAAAUGCAUUGUGGCUGCCAACUUGCCUAACUAUUAUUGAACUUGGCUCACCUGUACAGAUGAAUGAUGAACUUGGAUUUUUACAUUGAACUUAUGUGAAACUGAGCUUUUUGGUUUUUUUGCAGGAAAUGGAACAUAGGCUCCAAAUACACAGUGUUAUAUUUUUGAAUUUUCCCCAAUGGCCUUUUGUUUAAUGCUGCAAAAAAUCAGUAGUAUGACUCUCUAUAUGGUAUGUAAAUAUUCACAGCAAGAGAAUACAAAAUUUGUUUGGUAUUUUUUCACUGUGAUUUGUAUUAAGGCUUUAACUUCAACCAUAUAAAUAUAUAUAUAUAUAUAUAUAUAUAUAUAUAUAUAUAUAUAUAUAAAGUUCAGUUCUUUUCCAUCUGAUAUGCAGAACCGUAGGCCAUUCAGAAAUUUCCCAUAAGAUGAAUGUAUAUGAAAACUGUCUUAUUGUGUAGAAUGGUUUAACAGUAGGUGUAGGCUUUUUGUAAGGGAUGAGCUGGGAUAGGGUGUGUUUUGGGGGUGGGGGGGUGGUGCUUCUAUUGCUAAAGUCUUCAAUGUGAAAUUGUAGCCUGCCUCUGUUUUUACGUUUGUCCGCAGGCCUAAGAAGUGCCGAUGUCAAGCACAUAAAGGAUCUAACUGAAUUUAAAGAUAUCAGGCUUUGUAUGUUUAAUGAGUUUCAGGUAUAGAAAGAGGAAGUGUUCCUUACUAUACACCAGAAAAUAUUUUAUUUAUUUAUUUUUUAUUUUUUUUUUUGCUACUUGGCCACAUUUAUACAGAACAAACAUAUUUAAAAUGUCAUCUUUUUAUUAGUGAGUAGCUUGAACUUGAGGGUUCCCACCCUCUGAAGGAAACAGAAUAAAAUGGCCUUGGUCUUGUACAAACUUAAUUUGUGACUGUAGAAAAAUAUUUACUCAUUAAAAUUUCUGUUUGUCAUUGGGGGUUUACCAUAAAUGUUAAGAAGUCUUUACUAAAACACUCACAAUUAUGUUGGAAAAACAGAUGGCACGAUAGAAACACAGGAUACCUUUGGCUAUCAUAAAUUUUAGACCAAAUCUUUACUAAUCAGUAGCCCAGUGUUUUAAUUUAUCUGUCUGUCCAACCAUCCAUUUAUUGCAGUUCAUUGCUGGGAUGCUGGGCCUAAGCAAAUCGGCACCAAUUCUUUUCAGGCACCAUUAUAUAGUGUGAUCAUCUUGACACACCUAGACACUCACACAACAUACUUGCUUGCUUAAGGCCAAUUUAGGGAUAUUAGUUAACCAGACUGGGCAUCCAGCAUGUUCAAGGGUUAUUUCUUUGUGCUGAAGUGAAGCUUGUUCUCUUAUUGUAUUAAAAUAACUAAAUAAGUGGCUGAAAGGUUGUUGCAUGAAGAUUCCUCACCCAGCAUUUUUUAAAAUGAGAGCAGAUGAACAAUUUAUAAAGAUCAAAUUUGGUUCCACAAUUUUAUUUAAUAAAUGAACAGAAAGACUG